CUAUUUCAGUGGUUUUCUUAAAUUCUCCUCUCAGUCGACAUUUUCAUUUUGUGUGUUGAGAAAUGAGUUCUUCUUCGUCAUCGUCGACAACUACUACUACAAGACCAGUACCGAGAAGAGAGAGUCCAUGGGGAAGACCAGAAGGUGAUACAAGACAGCCUAAAGCUCAUAGAUGCAAUGAUCGUGCUGAAGAUUUUGUUCAGGCUUGUUUUGAAGGGAAUCCAUUUAAGACAGUACCAGGUCCUUUCAAGCUCUUCUACAGAUGUAUGCGCUCUAAACCUGGGGAGGAACCAACAGAGCCAUUUACUUAUCUAGAUCUUGAUCCUCCACGAAGAGAAGAAAUUAAACUGGAAGAGGCCUUCUGAAUGAGGAAAAUUUGGUAACCACUUAGUUCAAAUCUAGUGUGGCUUUUCACAAUGUAUAGCACAAUGGAGCUUUGUUGCUAUGUAGUCCAAUAAGAAAAACUCUAGAUGUUUCUCCAUUUCUGUUCUACUGUGCUCAGUGCUGAAUAUUGAACUAUUUGUUUCACAAAUCAUUAACUUCUUACUGUUUAUUUUUCUUUUUAUUUUAAAGCAUUUCUUACUGUCAUAUGUACUGCUCUGCAAAAUAGCUGAAUUUGCAGAUUUUUGGAUACGAUUAAGGAAAAUUAAAGAAUCGGAAUUGUGUUGAA